UUAUCAAGUGUUGAUAAAUUGGGCCAAACCCCUUUUUUUCAACCGUCGAGCUGCUCGUUAUGAACCCUGGUGCGGUGUGUCAUGGGCUGUGACUGAAACUGGAGAGAAGGUGAAGUUGGUUUAAACUCAGUUGUUUGCUCAAUGAGUCAAAUCUCAACAAAUGGCACAUUAUCACUAAUGGUGAUCUAAAAAAAAACAAGAAACUUAAAUAUAUAUAGUACAGUAAAUAUAUAGAUACAAACAUCUCACUAAAAUCCUAACGUUCCACAUCUUCAGUGUGCAGAAAUAAGUUUUAAUUUCACACGGAGUGUCAAAAGUGUUCACGCAAAAACCCGAGCGUGCACGUGCACGUCCACAUGAACGCUCACGCUCACGCUCACGCUCACGAUCGCUCGGAGAUUAAACCCUGAGGUCCCUCCCUGUUCAGCUUUACUUUAAGCUCGAGUCUCUUGCUGUCCACUUUGCUGAAGUCCACAGGAACUGUGAAGCUAAGAGAAGAUUCUACAUGGCGACCACCGGGUUACAGAUUGGCGGAUUCCUGUUGGGUCUCAUCGGAGUGGCUGCGAUAAUCGCGGCGACCGCAAUGAACAACUGGAGUACGCAGGACCGCCAGGGCGACGUCGUCACCGCCGUUUACACGUACAAGGGCCUGUGGCAGGACUGCGAGGUGUCCACAUCUGGGUUCACCGAGUGUCGGCCGCUCUACGGACUUCUGGGAUACUCAGGUCAGUUCCAGGCCGUGAGAGCGAUGAUGGUGAUCGGGAUCAUCUUGGGCGUGAUCGCAAGCGUCAUCUCGUUGUUCUCUUUAAAAUGUUUCAAAAUGGGAAGCACAGAGGAUUCAACCAAAGCCAAGAUGACGCUGACAGCAGGCAUCAUGUUUGUCAUCGCAGGACUCUGUGGCAUCAUCGGAGCUUCGAUUUACGCCAAUCAGAUCGUCGCCAGCUUCAUGAUGACCACCUACAACCCGAAUUACGGCGGGAUGAGUCAGAUGCAGGGAAUGGGAGAGAUGGGAGGAAUGGGAGGAAUGGGAAUGUCUAUGGUUAACAGGUUCACGUUCGGGACGGCUCUGUUCGUGGCUUGGAUUGGAGGAGGACUGCUACUAAUAGGAGGGGUUUUAAAGUGUGUGGCCUUCAGGGGUUUGCACGCCGAGACCACGCCUUAUAAAUCAGUGGCGUAUAAAGUCCCGUCUCAGUCGAAGUCAACGGAGGAGGGAAGGGAACGUGGACAGAAAUACGUGUAAACUCCUCCUUUCUUCCCUGGACUUAUGACGGAUUCCUCUCGCUCUCUUUCUCUUUCUCUC